AUGUAUUUGCAAGACCGCAAAAUGACCCAAGAAUGCAGGGACCUCAUAUCCUCCCUGCCUAGACAAGGAGACGGCUGGAUGGAAGGUGAAACAACAUUCUAUCAGUAUCAAGGGGUUUGGCUUGCAAAUUUGUUCAUCCAAGGAGUUGUAGCAUUCCAAAAACACUUCCAAGCUCAUGACACCGAUAUCCUCAUUGCAACAAUUCCUAAAGUCGGCACCACUUGGUUGAAGGCCAUCUCCUUCGCCUUAGUGAACCGGGUUCACUAUCCGGACCUUCAACAACACCCUUUGCUCACAAACAACCCUCAUGUUCUUGUGCCCUUCUUGGAUAUGGAUCUAUACAACCAAAAAGAGGUUCCAGAUCUUACCUUCUUUACUUCUCCAAGGCUUUUCUCAACCCAUUCACCUUACUCGCUGCUACCAUUAUCUGCAAAGAAUUCCACUUGCAAGCUGAUUGUGUCUUUGAGUAGGAACCCUAAGGACACUUUUGUCUCACUUUGGCAUUUCGCUAACAGGUUGAGACCAACAAGUUCAGGCACCCUCUCACUUGAAGACGCCUUUGAUAUGUUUUGUAGGGGAGUAAGUCCAUUUGGGCCAUACUGGGAUCAUGUUUUGGAAUAUUGGAAGGAAAGCUUAGAAAACCCUCAAAAGGUGCUCUUGAUCUUGACGUAUGAGGAACUGAAAGAGCAGCCUACUUAUAAUUUGAGGAGAAUGGCUGAGUUCUUGGGGAGCCCAUUUUCCCCGGAAGAAGAGGCAAAUGGUGUAAUGAAUGAUAUCUCAAAGCUAUGUAGUUUUGAGAAUUUGAGCAACUUGGAGGUGAACAAAAAUGGAAAAUCGUUCAACGGCAAAGAGAAUAAUGUAUUUUUUCGUCAAGGUCAAGUUGGUGAUUGGUUGAAUUGCUUGACAACUGAGAUGAUAGAGAAAUUGGAUCGUAUCACUGAAGAGAAGUUUUGUGGUACUGGGUUAAGAUUUUAG